ACCACACACCCACACACGCGCAUUCCAGCAGGCGGAGUCGGUGACGUGCUGGCUCGUUUGUGAAUGAGCUGCAGAGAGCAACGCUCACCUCCGAGUCUCAGAGGCGCAGCCAAGCCCGGGAGUGGAGGCGAAAAGUUUGCCAAAUGGAUUUCUUUGCUGCUUUCAGAUCUUUAUUAUAUUCAUAUGCACUCAUUAACAGCAUAUUAAUUAGGCCUACAUUGCAAACUAAAGAAGAGGUUAUUUUGGACAUGAGGGCAGCGGGAGGUGAACUGGGCUGGUUGACAUGGACCUCAGACCAGGGAAACAAGGUUGGGUGGGAGGUUGCCCAGAAGACCCUGAAUGGUUCUCAGUUAUAUACCUAUUCUGUCUGUAAUGUUGGGGAACGUGAGCAGGACAACUGGCUGCGUACGACCUUCAUCCAGCGGCGUCCAUCAGCUUCACGGGUUUUUGUUGAAAUCCAGUUUAUUGUACGUGAUUGCAACUCUUUUGGUUCUGCCUCACUGACCUGCAAAGAAACUUUCAACCUCUUCACAACGGAGUCAGAUGCAGAUGUCGGGACUACCUUCCGCAAGGGCCAGUUUAAGAAAGUGGCAACCAUAGCUCCUGAUGAGAUUACCAUCAUAAAUAAUGUGCGCAUCAACACAGAGACACGAGUGGUGGAAAACCUUUCUAGAAAAGGCUUCUACUUGGCCUUUCAAGAUAUCGGAGCCUGUGUUGCUCUUCUCUCCGUCAGGGUCUACUACAAAACUUGUCCAGCCACAGUGAAGAGCCUUGCAUCGUUCCCUGAGACUGUGGCUGGAGGUGAAAACCAGGCUCUUAGGGAAGUGAGUGGGGUGUGUGUGGAUAACGCCAUGAGUGAGGAGUUGCCUCGUAUUUACUGCACUGUGGAUGGGGAGUGGGUGGUGCCAGUUGGACAGUGCCAGUGCAAACCAGGCUAUGAAGAUGUUGAAGAUGCAUGUCAAGAGUGUCAGCCUGGCUUCUUCAAAGCUGCAGCAUCCGGUGACAAGUGUGAGCCAUGUCCUGCCAACACCCAGAAGCUGGACUCUGGUGCCCUGUUUUGUCCUUGCAUGGAAGGUUUCUAUCGUGCCCCAAAUGAUCCCCCUGCUGGACCCUGUUCAGGCCCUCCGUCUGCCCCACAAGACCUCAUGGCCACCACUAGCCAGCUCUCCGCAGGAAAACUUAUCCUCUACUGGAACCCACCAGAAGACACUGGAGGUCGAACUGACAUCACAUACAGUGUUGAAUGCCAGCGCUGUGAGGGUAAUGUGUGCCAGCCCUGUGGAGAGAAAAUCCGAUAUGAGCCGGCCAGUGUGGGUCUGACUGACACCAGGGUUUUAGUGAGUGAGCUGGACGCUCACCUCAACUACACGUUCACAGUGGAGGCACAAAGCGGUGUGUCACAGUUUGUUAGUCAGGCAAUGCCACGGACUUAUAGACCGCCAUCCAGCAGUUCUCUGACUACAUCGCUGCACUACACAGAUCCCCCCACGAUCACCUCUAUGCGACUGCUGGAGAGGACCCCCACCAGCUUGUCCCUUUCCUGGGAUGUAUCCCCCCGCCCACGGGUCCAACCCCAUCCCAUUCGCUAUGAAGUUAUCUACCGCAAGAAAAAUGAUAACUUGAAUAUGCAUACCUACAGUGUGCUCGUACUCGAGAAUACGUCUGUACAGAUCAAGAAUCUGGCCCCGGACACAGCCUACCUGAUCAAAGUGCAGACCCUCGGCAGCAAUAGUAGCCCUGGAGGCUCCAGCCUGGAGGAACAGUUUGAGACCUCUCCUGGAGAAGGCCUUACUCAAAGCAACAUGGCAGUCAUCUUCGGUGCAACAGUUGGAGGAGUGGCCAUUUUGCUCAUAGUGGCCGUGGUCCUGUUUCUACGCAGACGGAAAAGAAACUCUCACACCAGGCAAGGACCAGAGGACACCUACUUCUCCAACUCAGAGCAAUUGAAACCUCUGAAGACCUACGUGGAUCCACAUACAUAUGAGGACCCUAACACAGCUGUCCUGAAAUUUGCUACUGAAAUCCACCCCAGCCACGUAACCAAACAGAAAGUUAUCGGAGCUGGGGAGUUCGGUGAGGUGUACCGUGGUAUUCUGAAGGUACCAGGGAGGAAAGAGGUGGCGGUGGCUAUCAAGACACUGAAGCCAGGCUACACGGAGAAACAAAGGAAGGAUUUUCUGAGUGAGGCGUCCAUCAUGGGACAGUUCACCCACCAGAACAUUAUUCGACUGGAGGGGGUGGUCACCAAAUUUAAGCAUGCCAUGAUUGUGACUGAAUACGUGGAGAAUGGAGCACUGGACAGGUACCUUAGGGACCAUGAUGGCGAGUUUUCCUCCUUCCAGCUGGUGGGCAUGCUCCAUGGCAUUGCCGCAGGCAUGAAGUACCUCUCGGAAAUGAGCUAUGUUCACCGUGAUUUAGCUGCCCGCAACAUCCUGGUCAAUAACACCCUGGAGUGUAAAGUGUCAGACUUUGGCCUGUCUCGGGUGCUGGAGGAUGAUCCUGAGGGGACAUACACCACAAGUGGAGGUAAGAUUCCCAUUCGCUGGACAGCUCCAGAGGCAAUCGCAUACAGGAAGUUCACCUCGGCAAGCGAUGUGUGGAGCUUUGGCAUUGUCAUGUGGGAAGUCAUGGCUUUUGGUGAAAGGCCUUACUGGGACAUGAGUAACCAUGAGGUGAUGAAAGCUAUCAACGAAGCUUUUAGGCUGCCGGCGCCCAUGGACUGCCCCUCAGCUGUUUACCAGCUCAUGCUGCAGUGUUGGCUUCAGGAUCGCUCCAAGAGGCCACGUUUCGGAGACAUCGUCAGCCUGCUGGACAAGCUGCUGCGGAGCCCAGAUUCCCUGAAGACCAUUGCAGACUUUGACCCACGCGUGUCUAUCCGCCUGCCCAGCACCAGUGGCUCAGAUGGUUCCCCCUUCAGGUCGGUGUCUGAGUGGCUGGAGUCCAUCAAGAUGAGCCAGUACAGUGAGAACUUCACCCGCGCUGGGAUUGUCACCAUGGACCAGGUCCUGCAAAUGAAGAACGAGGAUAUUAAGAACAUUGGGGUGAGGCUGCCUGGCCAUUUGAAAAGAAUUGCCUACAGCAUAUUGGGUUUAAAAGACCAGACCAGCACCCUGAGUGUGUUUGCAGUAUGAUCCUGACAAUGAAGGGAAUUAAAUUUGGGCACUGAAGCAGGCAGCCCUUUGAACUCUGAGCUGAGCUGGAGCAGAGCUGCGGGGUCGGCUGUGGAUCGGCAGCACCGAGAGAAAUGUCACGCCAUCCAAAUGAAUCAGACUGACCUACUGUACAUUUUUAAUUUCUUCAUCUUAUCCACAUGGGAAUGGAGCAAAUAUACAGCAAUAGAUGUAUCAUUUAGAUAUCUAUUUUUAUUGUCCAUGUCUUCUGUACAGAUACAAUU